AUGACUCCCACGCCGCCUUCAACCACAUCGUCCUCAGGUGCCCGAUCGCCCGAGGAGCAAUUUCGUGUCGUUCGGAAGAGAAACAGAGUACCGCUGAGCUGCUAUGCUUGCCGGACAAGAAAGAAGUGUGAUCGGACCCAUCCUUGCAGUAAUUGCACCAAGCGUGAGGGGAUGGACACGUCGUCGUGCUCCUACGCUGCACCAUCUUCCCGCAAAAAGAACCAAGGCCAGGGACCGGCAAGUCCUGAUGACAUGCAGAACCGUAUUGACAGGCUAGAAGGUUUGGUAUUGUCUUUAAUGCAUGGCGGGGCGAAUAUAGAUGCCUCCUCGGCCGCCGCGGUCGCCGCCACCGCCACGACUGCUGUAGCCGCGGCCGCCGCCACAGACAGCGGCUCCUCGGCCAAGAUUGACAGAGACGACGCUGGUGCGAUGCAGGGUGAUGACGAGGAUAGCGAUAUCGAUGAAGGGCUCGCAUCUUCUCUUGGCGUCCUAAAGGUGGAUGCAGAUCGAGGAAAGUCCAUGUAUGUCGGGCAGGAGCACUGGCAUACGAUCCUCGCCGACAUCAGCGAAGUUAAGAACUACUAUGCCGCGCACAAGAAGGACCUAGAGAAAAGCUACGAGAGGGUGUUACGCAGCAAGCCAGCAACGGCACGCAACGGUCCAACCUUUCUUCUAGGCGCAACGCCCGCGACCGAAGUGGAGCUUCGAGCAGAGCUGCCCCCAAAGUCGACAGUCCUAACUCUGUGUGGGCGGUACUUCAACUCGAUGGAUAAUGCGGUCAACAUUAUCCACGCACCCACGUUUCACCAGCAGCUUCGUAAUCAUUGGCAGGACCCAUCUAAGUCCCCAAUCAUGUGGUUAGGCCUGCUCUACUCAGUCCUGUGUUUAGCCAUGCUGAGUUACCACAAGGUUGGAGAUGAACCUCCCGAAUGGAAAGGACGGUCUCUUGAGCUGGCUGCCGAGUAUCGACUGCGCACGGUGCAAUGUCUGUUCACCGGUGACUACACACGGCCAGUCGAAUACACCGUAGAGACGAUGUUGCUCUACGUCUUUGGCGAGUACUCGUCCCGGUGGGACGCCGAUUUGGGGCUGUGGCUUAUCACGUCGUCAAUCACAAGGAUAGCAUUCCGGAUGGGCUACCAUCGCGACGCCAAGUGGUUUCCGUCAAUCAGUCCUUUUCAAGCUAUGAGACGGCGGACAUGGGCACUUGUCAGAAUGACCGAUGUCGUCUUCUCGCACCAAGUAUCGCUGCCUAACAUGAUAUACGAACACGACUGUGAUACGGAAUUGCCGCACAACAUAUUUGACGAGGAAUUUGGGCCCGACAGCAAGGUGCUGCCGCCUUCUAGACCCAAUGCUGAGCCGACUCCCAUCAGCUACAUGAUCUCCAAAGUUAGGCUGUGUAUGGAGCUCGGUAACAUACUUCAAGCCACGGGCAGGGUCAAGAACCAGGUUCACUAUGACGAGGUCCUCCGGUUUGACGCGCGGUUGCGAGAGACCAAGGCGGAACUGCCCCCUCACCUCAAGCUCCAGCCCCUCGAGGACUCCCAUGACCCACUCACGCUCAUCAUUGCCCGCUUCAACAUCGACAUACUCUAUCUCAAAAUCAUGUGCUUACUCCACCGAAAUUACAUGUCCCGGGCAAGACACAACCCCAGGUAUGCGUACUCGCGGCGCAGCGCGAUCGAAGCCUCGCUCGAGACGCUGCGGCACCUCGAGACACUUCACCGCGAAUCGCAGCCCACUGGCCGGUUGCGGUCGAUAAAAUGGUUUGUGACUUCCGUGGCAACCAAGGACUUCCUACUUCCUGCCAUGAUCAUCAUUUUGGACCUGCACUUUGACAAUGUGGCCGAGAGGUCGCAAGGGCGCCAAGACUCGCAGAGCCUCUACUUCUUGACGCCUGAGCAGCGUAUGGAGAUGAUCAGAAGUCUUGAGCUCACAAGAGACAUAUGGAAGGGACUAGCGGACGGCUCCAUGGAGGCUGUCAAGGCAUCCAACAUUCUCGAGAUCAUGUUGGAGAAGAUAAAGAGCCCUGUGCCCGGCAGCGGGCAGUCGGGCCCGCCGGAAGUUACGGUUCGGGACGGCCUGUUUGGGACGGUGGAAGCGAAUAUGCAGCCCGAGCACUCGGCAGCCAUGACUCUUGGCAUGCUAUCGGGAGGCGUGGGGCCAAAUCCGGGUGAGCCGUUUGGCAUGGUACAAAGCCCCGGUGGCGCGGCGUACACGGCGAUCGACCCAGCCCUCGGCCCUACGGCAGCGAGCGCGGGCAUCGGCUCGGGCGUGUCACAAGACUUCUCAAAUGAGACACUGGGGAUGGAAGGCGCGCCGUCUCCGUUCUCGAUGUUCAACAACAUGGCCAGCAACAACAACAGCAACAUGGACUUCACGAGCAGCAACUUUGACUGGGACUCGCUGGAAAACUACACGCAGACAGCGCAUUGGGGCACAGAUCAGUCGUUCCAGUUCUUCUCUGGCAACCCGGACCAAUCGCAGGCCCAGGGACCGAACUUGUUCCCUUUCGGCAACCCGGAGCCUUGA